CCUCCUCGGGAUCCACUGCAGCCAAGAUGGCGGCGGGGUCGGGGCUGGAGUGAGCGGAGGCGGUGGCAGCUCUUCCUUCUGCUCCUGGAUCCAGCCCUGGAAGGGAGGAGGGCGGCCAUGGCUCUGGGACCGGGCUCCCAAGGCCCUCCCUGAAGCGGGGUAGAGGCGGGAGGAAGGCGGGUGGGCCAUGGCGGGCAUCAUAAAGAAGCAGAUCCUGAAGCACCUCUCCAGGUUCACAAAAAACUUGUCACCUGACAAAAUCAACCUAAGCACCCUAAAAGGAGAAGGUCAGCUAACCAAUUUAGAGCUUGAUGAAGAAGUGCUUCAGAAUAUGCUGGAUCUUCCUACCUGGCUUGCCAUCAAUAAGGUCUGUUGCAAUAAGGCAUCUAUUAGGAUACCAUGGACAAAAUUGAAAACACAUCCAAUAUGUUUGUCAUUGGAUAAAGUAAUAAUGGAAAUGAGUACAUGUGAAGAACCUCGUGCCCCUAAUGGACCAUCUCCAAUAGCAACCGCCUCAGGGCAAAGUGGAUAUGGUUUUGCUGAAAAAGUAGUAGAAGGAAUAUCUGUUUCUGUAAAUUCAAUCAUAAUCCGAAUUGGAGCAAAAGCUUUCAAUGCUUCAUUUGAACUUUCCCAGCUGAGAAUAUAUAGUGUAAAUGCAAACUGGGAACAUGGUGAUCUAAGAUUUACUCGAUUACAAGAAUCCCAGCGUGGAGAGGUAUUAACAUUUAAAGAAAUCAACUGGCAGAUGAUCAGAAUAGAAGCAGAUGCAAUACAAAGCUGUCAACAUGAAAUCAUGAGUGCUCCAGUUCGUCUAAUUACCAAUCAGUCCAAAAUCAGGGUCACACUAAAACGAAGGUUAAAGGAUUGCAAUGUAAUAGCAUCCAAGCUGAUUCUAAUAUUGGAUGACCUGCUCUGGGUUUUGACUGAUUCCCAGUUGAAAGCGAUGGUACAGUAUGCUAAAUCUCUUAGUGAAGCAAUAGAAAAAUCAGCUGAACAGAGGAAAAGUCUACCUUCUGAACCCACGCAGAGUUCUACUCCUGUAUCCAGUUCUCAGCAAGUGAAAACACAACAGUCCUCAGCAGCUAGUGAUCAAAAUGAUGCAAUUGUGAAACUAUUCAAUGAUUUUGAUGUUAAGGAAACCUCUUACCAUCUAGCAGUUUCCCAUUUGGAUCUGCAUAUAUGUGAUGAUAUUCAUGCUAAAGAAAAGGAUGCAAACAGGCGAAUUUCAGGAGGUGCUAUGCAGCUAUCCUUUAGUCAGUUAACUGUAGACUACUACCCUUUUCAUAAAGCAGAUGAUAGCUGCAGCCACUGGAUGCAUUUUAGUGAUGCCACCAAAGCCAGAAGUGGAUGGGCAGAAGAAUUAUUACAGGAGUUCAAAAGCAAUGUUGAAUUACUUAAGCAGGCUGUGAAGGAUCAAGGUACAGAUUCUCCCACUAAAUCCUCACCUCAGGGAUCUCCACAGCACACACAAGUAGGCAAGGAACAGAUACCCAAAGGAGUCACCAGUCCUUCCUCUGUGCCAGCUCAGCAACCAAAGGAUAAACUGAUGUGUAGUCCUGUGGUGGUUAGACUUGCAGAUGUUAAUAUUUAUCAGGUCUCUACAGCAGAACAAUAUCGCCGUUCUCCUAAAACUCUUAUUUCUUGUAAUAAAAAGUCUCUAUACCUCCCACCAGAAAUGCCAGCCAUUCAUAUUGAAUUCACAGAAUACUACUAUCCAGAUGUAAAAGAGUUUCCUAUUCCAAACUCAAACCUUUUCGUUCAGUUAAAUGCUUUGCAGUUCACUCUUGAUGAAAGGAGUAUUCUUUGGCUAAACCAGUUUGUGCUGGACUUGCAACAAAGCCUUAGUCAGUUCAUGGCUAUGUACAAGUUAAAUGACAAUUCAAAGUCGGAAGAACAUGUUGAUGUUCGAGUUGAUGGCUUAAUGAUCAAGUUUAUCAUUCCUUCUGAAAAAAAACCAAAUCAUAGGGAUGGUCCACGUGCGAUUUCUAUUCAGAGCUCUGAAAUGAUUGCUACAAACACCAGACAUUCACCUAACUGUAGACAUUCUGAUUUGGAGGCAGUGUUUCAAAACUUCAAAGACUCUGAAUUUUUCAGCAGAACUUUCACAGAUUUUCCAAAAUCUCCUGACUGUUUUAAUCUUCUGCAUCCAAUCUUCCAGCGACAUGCCCAUGAGCAAGAUACAAAAAUGCAUGACAUCUAUAAAGGCUUUACCAUCCCCAGGCUAAGUAAAUGUGCACUUAAAACAUCUGCUGCUGCUGAUGUCUGGGCAGUGCAUUUUUCCCAAUUUUGGAUAGACUAUGAAGGAAUGAAAAGUGGGAAAGGACGGCCAAUAAGCUUUGUGGAUUCAUUCCCACUUACAUUCUGGAUUUGUCAGCCCAAACGGUUUCAACAGUCACUUAAAGAGCCCUCUGUGUAUAGUCACAAAGCUCUUAACAUUCCAAAAAGUGAUUCUAGUGAGUUUGCUAGUCGAUUACAUCAUAAAAAACUUCUGAAAGAGUAUUAUAACACUGAAACAGAAGCCUUGGCCAAUGGUAUUGAAAACCCGUGCACUAAAACUAGCACUUUCGGAUCCCAGUCUGCAUGUUUUACAUCGGAUGCAGAUGUUCACAUUCUUGUUCACAUCCAAAAGCAUGUGAGCAUGCAAAUCAAUCAUUACCAGUAUCUUUUCUUGCUCUACCUCCAAGAAUCUCUUGUGUUGCUCCUUGAUAACCUAAGGAAAGAUGUAGAGACUGUGACAGGGAAACCUGCAAAACAGGCAGAUAUCUGCAUUGGAAUCUUACUUAAAAGUGCUGACGUAGUUCUGUUGCUCCAUCCAGUGAUGCAGGGAAUCAGCUGUAAAUCACCUGCUUUGGAAGAAGGAAGUCCAAUUCCAUCUGAUCUCUCACCUGUGGAAAAUGGAGAAACACAAGGAUCAGAAAGCAAGCUAGUUCCUGCUCAGACUGCACAGAUGAGCCAGUCAGAUACUAAUAUUCUAACUGAUUGUCAGUCUGUGAAUGCUGAUUUUAACAAAGCUGUUCUCACAGAUCCACUUUUCAAAUCAGAGAAUGAGAUGGAUUUACGAAGGGGAAGUUCUUUUUCAGAUGAUGCUUCAGAAAAACUUGGGAAAAUAAAUGAUGAAAAUAGUAGUGGACUCUUCAGUCGAAGUGAUUCGGAAGAAAUCUGUGAGUCAUUGAGUGAUGGAAGCAGCACAUAUGCCAGGGAACUGGUUAAUACGUUAAAUUACAGAGAAGGUUCCAUUGAGGUGCUGAUGGAAAAGGAAGGUGACAAAAGUGUGUUUACAAAUAAAGAAAGUGGAGCAGCAGGCUCACUUCUCAAAGUUUCAGAGUUAGAAUCUGAUGACACAUGGCAAUCUGAAGAGUUUGAAAAUGACAGAGAAAAAAUUAUUCCAGCUAGAAUGCUUGUAUUUCAGCAUUCAUUAAGUGGAAAGCCUAAGGAACCCUGCCAGUCCAAUCUCCCUACAUUCUCUGUUUCUUAUAAGAACAUGAAGAAAAGUCCAUCACAAGCCUCUUUGGAUACCAUUUCUACUGAUAGCAUGUUGCUAGAGGAACACUAUUUGGAGAGUGAUGGAAGUGAUAGCCAAAGCUUUUUGGAAAAAGCUAUCUUGUCAAAUAAACCAGUGGAAAACACUCCUCAUGAAAGCACAGUGGUCGAGAACUAUGGCGGAUCAUCUCCAGAUGCUCUCAGCGCAGCUUCAGAGAGUGCUCCAGAUCCUAGUGAAGAAAUGAUGUCUGUUGUGGUUUUUAAAAUAUUUGGUAUUAAUGGUGAAAUUGACAUCAGAGGGGAGGACACAGAAGUGUGCCUUCAAAUAAACCAGGUCAUACCAAAUCAGUUAGGCAAUAUCAGUGUUCGACAUUAUCUCUGCAAUCGAACAGCAGGUUCUGAUCCUAAAUCUGUGACUGGGCCUGUUAAAUCAACACCUGAAAUUAGACUGAGAUGGGAAAGUGGACCCAGUGCUGUAAUACAUUCACUGCUGUCUGAAAAAAAUGGAUUUCUGCAAUGUUAUGUGGAAGAUCUGAGUGCUGAUUUCCUAACUUCUUCACUUAUGAACAUUCAGCGGUUUCUCGAAGAUGAAAUGGUUGCAGAAGUGAUGCCUAUGAAUAUAAAAAUUUCUAAUACAAGGAUUAAUUUAAAAGAUGAUAGCCCACGUGACAGUCUGACUGCUCCUGAACCACUCCCAGUAACCCUGAAUAUUGACCUACUUAUUGUAGAAAGAAAAGAUGAUGGUUCAUUUUGCAUCAGAGCAGACAACCGAAUAUUUGGUAACAAUGUACCAAAGAAUAAGGCAAGUCAAAAUACAGGUGAUCAGAUUUCUGAAGGUAGUACACACAUAAAGUGGAAGUCCCAAGCCACACAGACAUCUCCAGAAAUUAACAGAUCUUCUACAGUUUUAUCUGAUUCAGUCAAUAAACAGCUUAUAGAAGAAAAUGAAUGUCUUAAACAGGAAUUAGCCAAAGCUAAGAUGGCUCUUGCUGAAGCUCACAUGGAGAAUGACUCUCUGCUUCACCGUAUUAAAAAGAUGAAUACUGAAAAUAAGCAGUAGCAGACACUCCAUAUUGAUGUAGAAUAAGAAGGGAUGUAUUUCAUUAAAAAAAAACUUGAGCUCAGAGCAACAUUUCUGUGCAAUAUGCUCUUCUGAGGAUAUCAACAAAGAAUUAGAAUGUUUUCCUCUUUUAGACCUGCUUUAAGUUGCAGUGAGGCAGGGAAAAUAAAUUUCUAUUAUAUGUUACUAAUUUGUUUAAUAGAUGGUGGCAUGAAUAAAUAAAUAAAAUGUACCAUGUGUUAUCAAUAGGGCAUCUUCAUUUGUGAAGAUAAAAUUGUUUUAUUGUUAGAAGAAAAAUGCUAUACUGGGGAGAUGAAAUUGGCAGUAUCAAUACAGUUGGAUAUAAAUGGUCUCAAGGUUGCUACCAAAACCUGAUGUAACUAUCCAGAUACUGGUCUAAAAACCUGCGGAACUUGCCUGGGAAUGCAUGCCCUAUUUCAUGGCCAGAUUCUCAAAAUGUGUUAAUGCACUGGAACUACUCAAAGGCUUAUGAGAUAGAUGAGGUUGCAGAAAAUGGAGAGAGACUCUAGCUAUUCAGGAGCCAUGCUAAUGUUCAGUUCCCUUUUAUUCAUAUCUUUGGCCAUUGUAAAACAAGGAACAUUAGAGGGCUCUCCAAUCAUCCAGGCAGUGAAUUUUAUAAAAAGGUAGAAUGGUUAGAUCAGGGCUUGUUUUCAGUGAUGAUCAUUGGUCAUUUGCAGGUAUAGUCCUUACUCUGAUUCACUGAAAUUCACUUGUUCUCAAUAUGGUACUAGUGAAAUUCAGAUCUUUAACAAUUUUGUUUUUGUACAAAGUGUAAUCUAGCUGUACAUUAUAUGCUUGGGAAUAAAAUGUUUCAUUGUUAAUUGCCCUAUUGAAUUGGUUAAAUUCCAUAUACUGUAAAGCUUCAUUUUAAACUAUUAGUUACUUGUAUAAAAACUAAAUUAUAAUUUUCAGGUGAAAACUGCUACAAAUGUAUAAAUAAAGAACACAGAUUUCUGCAAA